AUGACGGCAAAUGUGGCAGGAUGGAAGUGGACGCUGAUUGUCCCCAUUGUGGCGGCAGCACUGCUAUUAAUCGGCUUAGAUGGGAUCCAACCAAUUUUGAGUGGCCUCGGGUUGACAGAGAAGUCUGAGUUCUCAUACCGACCUGCUGUAAAAAUACAACAGGGUACUAUCAUUGGUAGACUUGUUACUGAUGGAACUUUCCCGGAGCCGCUGGAAGGAUUUUUGGGGAUUCCCUAUGCAGCCCCUCCAGUAGGAGAUCUCCGAUUCCGGGCAGCCGUUCCAGUUACAGCCUCGAACGAUACUUUCGAAGCCUUUUACUUGGGACCAAGAUGUUUUGGGAAGCAGCUAGUGCCGUUCACGGGUGACGAGUGGUUGGGACCUGAUGUUGAAAGCGAGGAUUGCUUGAGUAUCAGUGUAUACAGACCAAAAGGCCAUACUGCAAGCAGCAAGAAACUGCCAGUGGCCAUGCUGAUUCCUGGAGGGGCAUUCAAUAGAGGUGCACAACGGAUGCACAAUACGGCAUCCAUGCUGGCUUGGUCGACGUCCCCGUGGAUUGGAGUAUCAAUGCAAUACCGUAUCGGGGUUACAGGGGGUUUAAAUUCGAAGCUCACGGCUAAGGAGGGGUUGCUCAACCUCGGAUUGAAAGAUAUGUAUGUCGCGCUGGAAUGGGUUCAAGAGAACAUUGCCGCCUUCGGAGGUGACAAAGAUGAUGUGACGAUUAUGGGACUGUCGGCUGCAGCCCACGCUAUUGGCCAUCUUAUCAUGGAUGUUAAUCAGAAGAAAACCUUAUUUCACAAAGUUAUUAUGGACUCUGGAGCACACACAGCUCGUGCAGUGCAUCCUCCGGAUUCUAAGCUUAAUGAGCAACAUUUCCGGCAGUUUGUAGAGCUUACGGGUUGCGACAGCCGAUCUGAAGAUACUAUUCUCCCGUGUCUAAGGGCUCUUCCUUCAUCUGAUAUUGUUAAUGCUGGACAGACUGUGUUUGCUCAAUCUGAACCUUCAGUGCGAUGGAGCUGGCAGCCAGUCUUAGACGGCGAUAUUAUCAGCCGCCGUCCUAUCGAUGCAUGGAGAUCUGGGAUGUGGCGGAAAGUCCCUAUUCUCACUGGAUCGGUGCACAACGAGGGAGCCAUGUAUGUGCCAAAGUCGGCAUCGGUUUCCGAAGACUUCACAAAAAUUUUCACAACCUUGCUUCCGCACUUAUCAGAUGGUGACCUUGCAGAGCUAGAAGCGCUGUACCCAGAUCCUAAGAAGUCUCCCAGCUCGCCGUAUGUCGAGACCAGACCUAUUAAGAUCGGUGAACAGUAUAAGCGUUGCGAGGCAGCGUACGGCCACUAUGCGUAUACGUGUCCAGUGCGACAAACAGCGAUCUGGGCGAGUAAAUCAUCCCUAAACCCUCCAGUUUACAUCUACCACUGGGUCCUCAAUAAGACCGUUCUUUAUGGUGCCAAUCAUGGGGAUCAGGUGCGCUAUCAGACCUAUAAUUCCGAAGUACGCUCUAUAUCUCCAGCACAGAAUGAGGUUGCUGGAUUUAUGCAUGCCUAUGCUACCUCCUUCAUAGUUACUGGCGAUCCAAACACCAUCAAGGGGCGGUUCCCAUCUCGGCCAGAGUGGCUUCCGUGGGCAGCGAGCAAAAAGAACAGCGAGCAGACAAUGGUGUUUGGCGAGGGGAAUGAUGAGAGGGCUGGAGGGCAUGAUUCUGGAAUUCCAGCUGCUUUUCGCAAGUAUUCUUGGGCAGAAAAAGAAUGCGAGUUCUGGUGGAAGCUGACAGAGUACUUCGAAGAUUGA